GCGUGCCGGCUCUGGCCACUUGGCAGGGAGCGCGCGCUCCUGCUCCCGCUCGGAAUCCCCGUCUUACUUCCACCGCCACCGAUGGACACUGGCUCUGGCAUCACAAAUCUCCGCACCCUUCCGGCGCCUCAGCUACCACUGAGCACUCUAUCGACGGCAGUAUAAAAGUUACAGAAUAACGCUGAUGGUGGUUUCCAAGGUGAUGAGGCUUCAGCAUCAUAUUGCAAUUGGUGUUUAUUUGUUCCUGCGGCAUCAGUGCAGCACGUGAAGCGGACAGUGUGUGCUAGGGGUGAUUCUUGUUGACUGCCUUUGUGAAGAGUAAUUCGGGGAUGGAGGAAGACCAAAAGGAGGCAGAGGCAAGCCUGACACCCCCAGCGGUAUCUGAUGAUGAUCCACAGAAUAUGUCAGAUAUUCAGCAAAACUUGUCAGACGAAGAUGCUUUUAAACUUCUGUGGGAAAUGAAGAUGCGAAAAAGACAAGGGAAACCAAAUCUACCAGACACUGUCACUGAACUUGGCACAGAAGAUGGCUGUAAGGUGUACCUAGUUGGCACAGCCCACUUUAGUGAAAGUAGCAGAAAAGAUGUUGUAAAGACUAUUAAGGAAGUACAACCAGAUGUGGUAGUUGUGGAACUGUGUCAGUACAGAGUCUCCAUGCUCAAGAUGGAUGAAACGACAUUACUAAAGGAAGCCAGAGAAAUCAAUCUGGACAAGUUGCAACAAGCUAUAAAACAGAAUGGAGUAAUGUCUGGAUUAAUGCAGAUGCUGUUGUUGAAGGUCUCUGCUCACAUCACUGAACAGCUGGGCAUGGCCCCAGGAGGGGAAUUCAGGGAGGCCUUCAAGGAGGCUGGAAAAGUGCCUUUUUGUAAGUUUCACCUUGGGGAUAGGCCCAUCCCCAUCACUUUUAAAAGGGCCAUUGCUGCGCUUUCCAUCUGGCAAAAGGUCAAAUUAGCCUGGGGUCUCUGUUUCCUGUCUGAUCCUAUCAGUAAAGAUGACGUAGAAAAGUGCAAACAAAAAGAUCUUCUGGAGCAGAUGAUGUCUGAAAUGAUUGGAGAGUUCCCUGACCUUCACCGUACAAUUGUUGCCGAACGAGAUGUUUAUCUUGCAUAUAUGCUGAAGCAGGCAGCAAAGCCAUUAGAACUACCUCUGGCUUUAGGAACCGAGUCCAGCCAGCAAAUACCAUCUGUUGUGGUAGGAGUAGUUGGAAUGGGUCACAUACCUGGAAUUGAGAAGAACUGGAAUAAUCUAUUAAAUAUUCAAGAAUUAAUGAGUGUUCCUCCACCAUCGUUAGCUGCUAAAGUAUUCAAGUUCGCUGUUAAAGUAACUCUUAUGGGACUCAUGGGUUAUGGCUGCUACCGUGUGGGAAAAGGGACCGUUCAGUUAAUGCUGUCAAGACCAUUUAUACAGAGUUACCUCCACAAAUUUACAAAUGAAAUAUUCUAACUGAAAGCAAAACAGUUCAAUGAUGACCUUUACUUGGUGAUUAAAAGAAGUGCUGAAGGCAAAUAUGCAGGAAACUUUGCAAUUUCAGUGCGUUUGUAUUAGACUUUGAAUUCAAUAAUGCAAAUGUUACAUGACAUGAUGGAUGAAUUCUCAUUACUUAAAAGCUGCACCAUCUGGGAGUGAUGAAAAGUAAUAAGUCAGAAAAUUUACCAGUGCCAUUCUGCGUAAAAACAUCUCCCUUUUAACUUUGAGAGGAGACCUGUAAUGUGAAUGGCAUGAGCUUAGUCAUCGGGUUACUGUAUUUUAAGCCUAUCAAUUUUGGGGUGGUGGGGUACUUAAAUUUACAAAUGUUCAUAUUUUGAAAUGCUGCAAUAGUACUAUCUAUUUUCAUUUAAUGCAACAUUAAGAGACACAUGGUUCAACUGUUGCUUUAAAAUCAUGUUCAGAUGCCACUGAGAAAAUCAUGUGAUUAUCUCAGAUAUUCAUCUUAACUAGUAAUCUGCACAAAAUUGUUUUAAUAACUUUUCAGAUAUUAAUAUGAAGAUUUUGACAAUGUCCAUAUGGUAAUAGCUAUACGGUUUACAACUCAAGAUGCAACUGGUGGUUUUUAGAUAUGUCAAAACAUUUAUUAACUUUUCUGUUGAAUCUAUUGGUUCACAGACCUUUGUUUUGUUUUGAUAGGUGAUGGAAUUCUAUUAAAACAAAUGAAUAUUUAAAA